AGACAUCAUUUUAACGAAUUAUUCCAUAAAAGCGGAAUUUGUCGUCCCCGAUUAGCCUAUGCGGACGGCACAGGCUAAUCUGGGAUGACAAUUUACGCACAAGCAUUAUGCCCAGUUUUCUCAGACCGCGACACAUAUCUCGGUCUUAGAAAAGUCACAUGUCGAGCGGCGACAGCUCUUUAUUAGUGCCUAGGGUUUGGAAUCCGGUGACUGAUGCGGUAUUUACUACCAACUGAUCAACUUGCGACCUAACACAAAUAUUGAAAUUGAAAUAUUCAUAUGAAAAGUUUAAUACUUUUUUUUAUUACACAUGUUUUAAUAAGUAUCGCUUAUUAUCAAAAGUAAAGAUUUUUUUUAAUACUUGCAAUCUCGAUUAUAUUCGCAUACAUACCAUUCAGCAUAUCUUCGCUGGUAUCCGCGCUAAUUUUAGCGCACGAAAAAUUCCAGUCUCGUAAUGCUCCCAUUUGAUUUUCCAUCAGAGAUAAAAGAGGCGAAAUUAUCAAUGUUAAUCCUGAAUUGUCACUAACCAUUGCAUUUAACACAAAACUGAAAGUUUUACGGAAUCCAGUGGGUAAAAAUCCUACACAAUUCCGCUUUUUUGCAACUGAAGCUGCUAUUUCAAUUUGCUCAUUUUUCAAAUCAAAUGCUAUGUUGUGUUGAGAUCUUCUUUCUUUAAAACGAGAAAUUAUAGUUUCUUUUUCCAUUUUAAUCGGCUGCUCAAAAAAAUAAUCGAAAAUCCAAUGCGCGUGUCGUGGGGUCACCCGUUCCGUGUAUCCAGUGCAUUGACAUUGUAUAAUGUUAUGCAAUAGAUACUGGACUUGGACUUGGUAUUCGUUGUUACGUGACUUGUCCGCGCACCGCUUUGAAUUUUUUGGCACUGUCCCAGAGUCCCCUAUAGCCACUGGUGGCAUCGAAUAUGCAAACCGUACAUUGUGAGCAACAGAGAGUUGAAAUGGGUAAUAUUAUAUAAAUGUGUGACUAACUGACUAUAGGGAACGCAGGGUUAGUGAUUCUUAAAAGAAAUGUUGUUUUUCUAAAUGGCAUUGUGGUUAAGCGUCAUGCAGAAAUGGAGACAUGUGCUAAUUGCGCCUCUUCGUUUAAGAAAAAACCUGGUGGAUCGGGAUAUUAUCGUUACUCGCUUGAAAACAAAUUAGGUUCAAGCAGCAAUAUCACUGCUCGCGAACACUUGGAAUAUGUGACUGGUUCGAGCGUCACGCCUGACUCCAAGAAAAGAAGUGGCAAAUUUCUCUGUCAUGAAUGUUGGAACAGGCUUGGAAAUUCAUUCAAAUACAAACAGUAUGUAAAAGACUUCUUUGAAGCUACCGAACAAGAAUCGUACGUGUCUUCGAAAAGAGCCGCUAGUGAUAUUGUACAGUCGCCUGGUACAUCAUUCAAAAGGCCGAGAUACACAAGCACUCCUGUGAAGUUAAAACUGAGAAUGUCUCAGCCAAGUUCAGCCACGUCAAGUUCGGGUUUUUCAACUCCAACCUCCGGGGGCUUUGCUCGUCUUCCCCCAAUUGUUACCAAUGAGGCAGACCGCAUCUUCCUGAGGACCCUCAAUGAUUACAUCGAGUCUGAAUUGGGAAAGGUGGACGCAAGUGAUGAUGAACAAAGAUACAUUGUGUAUAAAACUGCUUUCAACAAGAUAAUAGAGCAUGUGACAGCCUACCAGCCAUUGCUGACAACCAUCAAGAAGGAGUAUGAGGACACAAUUGAGGCGAUCAAGAAGGCUCAAAGAGAGGCCACCUUCCUGCACGGCAAACUCAAGGCCAUGGCGUCAGAGCCCUCCACUAUACGUAACUAUCGCAAGAGGGGAGAUGAGCUUGAGGAAAGAAUAAACAUUGUGAAGAAGGACAAUGAGAGGUUGCGCAAUCAGCUGCUGGAGCUGAAAGUGAAGCAUAAAGAGCGAGAGAAACAGGAGAGGGAGAUCACAGAACCUCCGAAACGAGAACUCAAGAAGGACCGCAGGCUCAUCCCAGGCCUGACUUUGGAGGAGUGCAUUGAUAAGGACCUGUUGCAACGUAAAUACGUUGAGCUGGACAGGCAGCUGAAAGAGCUCACAAUAAGUUUUAAGACUCGAUACGUGCCAAAAGCGCGCAAGAUUGAGUUGAAGGACUCGCUCGAUGAGAAGGUGGAAAACAGGGACAUGCUCUUACGUCAGGGACAGUUCUUCAAGGCUAAGAGACAAAGAUUGAAGAUAGCGCUGGAGGCUGCCCAGGCGUACAAUAGAGAGAAGCCGCCCCAUCAAACAGUGGGCGAUACCGUCAUGAUGGCCCUGCAGUAUGCAGCAGUCCAGGCCAGGAAGCAGAGAGAGGCGGAGCAAGCCCUGGAGAACCAGAACCAGUCCGAGGGGGGUGGGGCGGGGGCCAGGGAAGGGUCUGCAGUGGGGGAGGGGCCGGCUACCACGUCCACAUUUGAGGACGAUGACCCUAACAAGGAGAAGGAGGCGGAGAUGAUGCUGGAGUACAUUGAGAAGUUCAACGAGCUAUUUGAGGACGCCAAGUAUGAGGAGGCUGCCAUCCAUGCUGCCAACAGCCCCAAGGGGAUCCUUAGGACGUCAGCCACCCUCGCAAAGUUCAGAGCUGCUCAAUUGGAACCCGCAGAUGUGAGAAUGCGUAUCAACAGUCGCACGCCCCUGCUGAUGUUCUGUGACGCUCUUAUGUCCUCGGUGGGAGGGGAGACCAAGCCUCCCGAUCAGAAGCUCUCCCUGGAGUGUGUCCAGUGUGCCCUCUACGAGAAUAGGCUUGAUCUCCUCACACACUGGAUAGCACAAAAGAGGCUGGAGUUCACUGUUGAUAUCGGCUAUGCCAUACGUGACCACUGCCACUGCCAGAUCCCGUGUCGCUGCUCGGCCCAGGCCAUGGCACAGAACGUGUUCAUGCAGCUGAAGCUCUACCAGGAGGCUGUUGUGUGUCUCUUCAGGCAGGGACGCAUCAAGGCAGGCCUCGAUCUAGCCCGCGCAAGAUGCUCCUUUAAGCGUGAGGACUAUGUCAGCCUGUUGAAGCAGUGCCCUUCCAUAGCCUUACUGCAUGCCCUAGUAGAAGGCCAGCGGAGCAAGGAGGGGACCCUGGAGCGGCCCUUACCCCUGGGCACAGUCAUCCUGACACUGCUGGAGGAAGAUAGGUUUGACCUCAUACUGCCCUUCAUUCAGGAGCUGCAGGGCAUGAAGUCUAGAGAUGAGCCGUCUGCAUCUUGUUUCCAAGAGGCGGUGCUAGGUGACCAAGAGACAUCGCUACAUGAGUGGAAUGAGCUGGUACACGUGAUGCAGGACCAGGGGUAUGAGGAGACUGCCAUGAAACUGCUGGCUGCCCUCACUGUGCUCCACGCCAUGAAGAAUGCACUGCGGACCAGUCAGGAGGAGCUGUUUGCUGGGGACCUGGAACAGGCUGGGCACCAUGACACCUCUGUGUGAUUCUCUGCAUGGAACUAGGACCCCUAAAACCAAGAUACUUAAAUGUCCUUUCAUGGUGUUGUUGAUAUUUUUAUAGCCAUGAUAUUUUGUUAUUAGGUCUACUGUAGUGGGGGAAUAAAUAUAACCUCAUAAUGUACUAGAAUAAUGAGGACUUUGUGAGUGUGACAUAUUAAAUGUCAUUCAAUGGCCACUUUCUAAAAUAAUCUCUUAUUUUCAUGUUGUCUUUAGUCAUUUGAUAUGUAUGUGGUAGGAAUAUUCCAUCUUCCUGUAACCCGUUUAUAAAAGCUAAUGUCCAUUUGAAAAGAAUGUUUAGUGAAUGUGUAUACAGUAACAAUGGUAUUUUCUUAUUUGUAAUUAUCUUUAUAUAAUGUAUUUCAUUUAUUGAUAGACAUUUAUUAAAAUGUUGGCUGAUGAUAUAUGGUAAUCUGUGAUAUCCAUUGACAAAUGUGAUAUGUUUGGUGUAUUUUUCUCUUACAUGUAAGUAUGGUUUAUGUUCUUGAUUAAAUUGUUAGGAAAAGGAGCCUAUGACCAGACUGAUAGUGGUUUUUUGACUGGAAUUAAACAUUUUAACACUGAAAA